AUGUGUGUUAAGGUUGGUAAUCGGUUCCUGAUCUUGUGUACAUUGAUGGUAGCAUUCCUAUCGACAGGUAAGCAAAGAAACGCAAAUUCAAUGUAUUUGUCUUCUCAAUAAGGGCCUCGAUUAUGUAAGAACCCAAAAAACACGAGUCAAUCCAGAAGAAGUCGGAUUAUAAUGCACCACCAUUAAAUGUUAAGGCUGCGUCCAAUAGGUCGUAUUCCGUAGAAUUAACAUAGGUAACACAGGAAAACUAACUUAUCUGAAGAUUGUGGAUGCAACGGACGUCAGAAGCCUCCUAUUCAUUGUCGAUCAAGAUGUGAAACAGUUCAGAGGACAAUCAUUUAGAAUUUCUACAGUCAGAUCGAUUAUUCAGAAUGCCAGAGUGUGACACAAUCAAACGCCCAUUUAGAAAAUACGUAGGAUACCUUCUGGGUUUUUCUGUGUUGUCGUUUUGAAAAGAUAGUUUCUAGGAGUUUCUUGCCUCAGUAUUUAGAAAUAUGCGUAUCGCCAAUGCCUCGAGAACCCGAGGGAGGAUUGCGCGUAAAACUAUAGGGAGGGGAGGGAGGAAAGAAUGUUGAUACAUAGGCACGUAUCACGUCCACGCCCCAGGAUUUCGCGAAUUGAAUAAUUUUCCCGGAAGCGUUUAUCUUAAUUUGAGAUUGUUGCUGUUGUUGUCUUUAUCUUCAAUCGGUUAAUUGCCAAUAGUAUAAGGCUAAUCUACCAGUUGCCUGUACCUAAAAGGCUUCAUUCCAUGAAUUAAAUUUUCUUGCUGAGUUGUUGCCUGCCUCUUUGUUUCAAUUUGUGUGUUAUUUCGGGACUUCAGUUUGGCUUAACAUCAACCAGGGGCAAGACUGUUAUUUUUUCUCCGAUACUUGGCACCUUUCAUCGAUCAGUAGGGCUACAAUACAUGCUAAUUCUUUUUUCUCCCAUUUUAUACACAGUGAACAGUUUAAAAUGUCAUCACUGCCUCAGCUCCUUAUCAGCUGCUAACUGCAGUAAAUCCAGCAAUGAAACGACAUGCCCGGAUGUAGCGGACAGCUGCGCCAAUAUUUCCACUGAGGUUUACACAGAAACUGGCUCCCUCAAAAGCUUCUUCUAUGGCUGCGCGACUCAGCAGAUGUGCAGCGAUGCGAAAGAAAAGCUUACAAUUUGCGACACCAUUAAACAGAGGGGCUAUAAAGUCGAGUGCAACAUCACUUGCUGCAGUACAGGGGAUUUUUGUCUUCCACUUCCCGAUACAUCAGGAGUCACACUAGAAUUAAACCGCUUGUUAGUAGCUACUUACGCAUUCUUCAUCAUGUUAAACUAUAUAAUUUAG